AUGAGGACCAGCAGCCUCGUCCUGUUCGCCGCCGUCGCCGUCUUCGGCGCUGCCUGCACGGCGGCGGCCGGCGACGAAUCCUGGAAGACGAUCGACGCGAACGACCGGCACGUCCAGGACGUCGCCCUGUGGGCGGUGGCGGAGACAGACUGGGCGUCGGCGACGGGCGGCCUCACGCUCAACACGGUGGACGGCGCCGAGAAGAGGUUUGAGGCCGGCGUGAACUACUACCGCCUCACCCUCGAGGCGUCGAGCCGCGUCGUCGCCAAGUACCUCAGGUUCCAGGCGGUGGUGUACGAGGAGGGCGACGAGCACAAGCUCGUCUCCUUCGUCCCCAUCCACUGA